AUGCUCGCAAGAAACAUCAAAAGCUCUAGAAGCUUUCAGACAAUUAAUCGUUGUUCAUUGAUUGCUUCUUACAAAUGUGAAGCUUCAAUACGUCUACCCCGCACCAGCACAUUGGGUGGUACCAUCACAUCAAGUACAGGAAAGAGAUGCAACAUGGCCACAAUUGCAAGCUUUAAAAUUCCAAAGGUGGUGAACGAGCCAAAUCAUCAUUAUGCUAAGGGAUCCGCACAACGCGAUGGACUUUAUAAGGCAUUGGAGAGAUUGGAAAGUAAGGCUCCUUUGGAAGUCCCAUUGGUAGUCGGAGGUAAAGAGAUUAAAACCUCCUCCGUCUCCCACCAGCUUAACCCAGCCGAUCAUUCCUCGAAAGUCGCAACUUAUUCCAAUGCCUCCCCAUCCGAUGUUUCCUCCGCAAUCGAUGCCGCCCUCGCCGCAAAACCUGAGUGGGAAUCUCUUCCUUUUGCAGAUCGAGCCGCUAUAUUCCUAAAGGCCGCAGAUCUUAUCUCUGGCAAAUACAGAUAUGAAAUUAUGGCUGCUACAAUGUUGGGACAAGGAAAGAAUGCUUGGCAAGCUGAGAUCGAUUCUGCUGCAGAGUUGGCAGAUUUCCUCAGAUUCAACGUUCAAUAUGCCGAAGAAUUGUAUGCGCAACAACCCGAACAUCAUUCACCGGGUGUCUGGAAUAGACUCGAGUACAGACCUUUGGAGGGAUUCGUCUACGCUGUUACUCCAUUCAAUUUUACAGCAAUUGCGGGUAACUUGCCCGGUGCACCAGCUUUGAUGGGAAAUGUUGUGGUUUGGAAACCAUCCGAUUCCGCCAUUGCUUCCAAUUGGUUAUUGUACAACAUUUUGCUCGAGGCUGGCCUCCCUAAGAAUGUUAUUCAGUUCGUACCAGGAAACCCAGUUGAAGUCACAAAGGUUGUUUUGGAACAUAAGCAAUUGGCUGCUCUUCACUAUACCGGAAGUACUGCUGUAUUCAGAAAGCUCUAUGGAUCAAUCGCAAACGGGGUUGCCGAGGGUAGGUAUCAAGGAUAUCCAAGAAUUGUAGGAGAGACAGGAGGAAAGAACUUCCAUCUUAUUCACUCUUCAGCUGAUGUAGAAAAUGCCGCUCUCAACACUGUUCGUGGCGCUUUCGAGUACCAAGGUCAGAAGUGUAGUGCUACAUCAAGAGCAUAUGUUCCCAAAUCUAUCUGGCCUCGAUUCAAGGAAAAGCUGGUUGAAGAAACAUCCAAACUUUCAAUCGGAUCUCCAAAGGAUCCAAAGAACUUUAUCGGUCCAGUCAUUCACGAACCAUCGUUCAAGAAACUCUCAGGAGUCAUCGACAACGCCAAAUCCGACUCCGAGCUCGAACUCCUUGUAGGAGGCAAACACGAUAAUUCAACCGGUUACUAUAUCCAUCCAACUAUCUACCAAACCACCAACCCCAGACACCCUCUUCUCUCUACUGAGCUUUUCGGUCCAGUUCUUACAGUAUACGUCUACGAUGAUUCUUCAGCUCCAGCUGAAGCUUUCGAGUCAGUCUGCAAGCUCGUUGAUACUACAUCUGAGUAUGGACUUACGGGCGCAAUUUUUGCGACUGAUAGAGCCGCGAUUAGAUAUGCGGAAGAAGCAUUGAGAAAUUCGGCAGGUAAUUUCUAUGUCAACUGCAAGAGUACCGGCGCUGUGGUUGGACAACAACCUUUUGGUGGUGCAAGAGCUAGUGGAACAAACGAUAAGGCAGGAAGUAUGAAUCUAUUGGGUAGAUUUGUCAGUGUGAGAGCAUUGAAGGAAGAGUUCGUUGCCAUUGGAAGUGUUGAAUACCCAAGUAAUGAGGUUUAG